AUGAGCACUACAGAUGUGAAUUGCGUUCCAGGGGAAAGAUUGGGCAGUACAGACGAGUGUGAAGCAGGAAGGGGCACUUAUGUCAGGAAAAGUUUCAUCUACGCAUCGAGGAUUGGAAAGGUGAAAAAUACAGUCGACGCGAAUAAAAAGAUUCUGAUUGAAGUUGUGAGAAAGGAUGAGCCGCCGUUACCGCAAGUUGGCUCGAUUGUGACUGUAAAGAUCGUGCAAGUAACCCAGCGACAGUGCCGUGCGACGAUUUAUGCUGUUGACGGAAUCGCCACAUCGUCUCCUUUCAAGGGUUUGAUCCGCCGAGAAGACGUCCGUCGAACCGAGCGCGAUCGAGUCGAACUUUCCAAAUGCUUCCGACCAAACGACAUCGUCUUUGCCAAAGUUAUGAGUCUCGGGGACUCGCAGAGCUAUUUGCUGUCGACAGGAGGCGACGAACUCGGAGUGGUUCUGGCAAAGAGCCGCGCUGGGGUGCGACUGGAGCCAAUUUCGUGGAAUGAAAUGAGAUGCCCGCUGACGGGAGUGAAAGAGCCAAGAAAAACUGCCAGAAUUAGAGCUGAAUUUGUUGAAACUCUGCCUGCAUCAGCUUGA